CCCUUCCUCCUAUCAUUCUCACCACACAAACACAGACACCAUUUCGGGACCCACCAACAACUCCAUGCGCGAGAUUACCCGAGGCUGUGAAGCAGGAUAACCCCUGCGGCACCAAAUCUAUUCUUUUUGGGUGCGUACGUAGCUCCUCAAUUACUAUGCGUUUCUCCUUUUGCUCCCUCCUCCUCCUCCUGGUUGCAACAGGACCCUCCCAAAAUGAUGCUCUUCCACUUCCUAGAGGUUACUAUAUAAACUGCGGCGCGGCGGAGGAGGAGACGAUCGGGAGCAUCCGAUGGCUGAAGGACGAGGGCUUCACCAGCUCCGGCAACGCCACGAAGAUUGCGGCCCCGACCGUCGUCCCGGUGCUGUCCACGCUCCGCUUCUUCCCCGACGCCUCGGCGCGCAAGCACUGCUACGAGAUCCCCGUGAUCAAGGGCGCCAAGUACCUCGUCCGCACCACCUACUUCUACGGCGCCUUCGACGGCGGCGACGCCCCCCCGGUCUUCGACCAGAUCGUCGAGGGCACCUGGUGGAGCACCGUCGACACCGCCGAUGCCUACGCGCAGGGCCUCGCCGCCUACUACGAGAUCGUCGUGGCUGCGCAGGGGAGGAUGAUCAGCGUCUGCCUGGCGAGGAACAACGCCACGGCUUCGUCCGGCAGCCCCUUCAUCUCCGCGCUCGAGCUCGUCAGCUUGGAGGACUCCAUGUACAACUCCACGGAUUUUGAAUCCUUCGCGCUCAACACCAUCGCGCGCCACGGGUUCGGAUACAACGGUCCGAUCAUCAGCUAUCCAGAUGAUCAGUUCAGCCGCUACUGGGCGCCGUUCAAGGACGCGAACCCGGUGGUGCAGAGCCAUUCGAACAUAUCGUCGGCGGAUUUCUGGAACCUGCCGCCGGAGAAAGCACUGCAGACGGCCCUGACAACCAGCCGGGGGAAGCAGCUCGUUGUGCACUGGCCGGAUCUUGAGCUGCCGAACGCCAGCUACCAUCUGGUGCUUUACUUCCAGGACAACCGGACGCCGAGCCCGUUCAGCUGGAGGGUGUUCGACGUGACGGUGAACGGCGAGGACUUCUACAGAGGGCUCAACGUGUCGACGGCGGGCGUCGUGGUCUACGGGACGCAGGUGCAGCUCGGAGGGAAGACCCAGAUCACGCUCACUCCUGACGAGAGCUCGCCCGUCGGGCCGGUGAUCAAUGCAGGGGAGAUCUUUCUAGUGGUGCCUCUCGGAGGGAGAACGGUCACAAGGGAUGUGAUUGCCAUGGAGGAGCUGAAAAGGAGCCUGAAGAACCCACCGCCGGACUGGAGCGGAGAUCCGUGCUUACCCCCGGAGCAUUCGUGGACCGGCGUGGUUUGCUCGCCGAAGGAUUUCCGAGUAGAAGCAUUGAACCUGACAAACUACGGCCUUUCGGGAUCGUUACCUGACGGCAUACUGAACAUGACGGCUCUCACACAUAUUUAUCUCGGAGGGAACAAACUCUCCGGUCCCAUUCCGGAUUUGGGCGAAUUGAGGAAUUUGGUCAAUGUGCAUCUGAAUGAUAAUCAGUUCUCCGGGCCGAUCCCUUCAGCACUGGGAACGCUGGAGAGCCUAACACAGUUGUAUCUGCAGAACAACAAAUUGACAGGCAAGAUUCCGGACACACUGAGAAAAAAACCUGGACUCGACAUGCAGACUCAUGGCAAUCAAUUAAGCUAAAUAGAGAGCAGGAGAAUACCAGGACACCAAUGUGCAGGGAGUGCCAAGAAAAAUUGUACUGGUUCUCUAUUAGAAAACCAGAGUUGAGCUCAUUAGGCCCCACUGGCUUGUUUUAUGGGUUGAAUUCAAAAUGAAGGUCCCCUAAUCAUGUUGCUCUACUUUGUCACAUCUGUGGAUAAAGAUGAUGUUCAUGAAAACCAUGAUGUGCCAUUUAGAUUUCAAUUUGAGAUAUUUUUUGUGGCUAGUUGCUGUUCCCUGACUCACCUACUGAGCACUGAACUGGAAUUUUCUGUUAUGUAUUCAGCAACCCCAAUUCAAGAGGAAUAUGGAGAUUUUUGCUA